AUGGUUCUUAAUUAUAUAAAAGCUAAAUCUCGACAAGUAGUAACAGCACAUAUAUAUCCAAAAUCAAAAUCAAGUCAUAUGAAAUUCUUUGGUUUAAAUUUAUCCGAUACAAAUCAUCCCAGAAAUUGUUUACGAUUAGCAACUGAAAUCGAACAUGCAUUUGAUAAAAAAUAUUUAACAAUAAUUAAAGAAAAUGGUCAAUUAAAAAUAUUCUUAUUAAAUAAAACAAUAUCAUCACAACGAAUUACAACAGUGUCGUCACAUACAUUUGGAGAUAUUCAUCAAGCACCUUUACUUUUCAAAAAUCGUAAUCGACCAUAUCAUAGAAUGUUAGCAUUACAUUGUUAUAGUGCUUUUGAAGAGGCCAAGAAAAAACAAAAGGAGUUUUUAUUAACUGAUGCAGAUUUUCAUUAUUCAACAAAUUAUAUACAAGAUUUGUUAAACAAACGUUUAGAUAAGGAUAAACAUUCACAUGUUUACCAGUGGCUCAUGAACAAUCCUGUUGGAGAAGAAAUCCAAUUAGAAACAUCAAGAACAACAUCAUCAGCAUUUAUCACUAAUGAUUCGUUAUUAAAUCCUGCUGCAACGGAAGAUGAUGAAAUAAAACGAUUAGUUACACAAUCACCAUCAUCUACUGCUGGAAAAGAUGUUGCUGUAUUACAUUCAGCAUCAUCAUCUUCAACAUAUUUGGCUUCUUUAGAUAUGAACUUGAUUGAAUUAUUCCGUAUGAUCAAUAAACAACAAACAGAUUCGAAUAUACAAGAAGAAAAAAUUUUUCAAUAUAUUCGAGAAGUAAGUGCAUUACGUUCUAAUUUCAAUUCAGCACGGAAAUUAAUUCAAUAA